ACCUGCUGUCGCCACCGAAGAGACAUCCUGGAAGAAUGCCCAUCAUCAGCAACGCCAACAAUGACUUCAGCACCUACUCCAGCAGCAGUGAUGACAGCAGCCUGGACCGCUUCUUCACCGAGAUCCCCGAGACGGAGACCAUCAAGGGCGCGUACUUCCAGCGUGCCCGGCUGCUCCGUGCGCCCGAGGCAUGCCACGCCGUGGACCCCGCCCUGCAGGCGCUGGUCAACGUGGGGGGGAACCGCUACGCCUUCCCCUGGAGCACCCUGGAGCAGUUCCCCCACAGCAGGCUGGGCCGGCUGCGGCUGUGCACCAGCCCCGAGGAGAUAGCGUGCCUCUGCGACGACUACGACGACGCCCGCAAGGAGUUCUUCUUCGACCGCAACCCCACCGCCUUCCGGGUCGUCCUCAACUUCCUGGCCGCCGGCAAGCUGCGGCUGCUGCGGGAGCUGUGCGCCGUGGCGCUCCACGACGAGCUGGACUACUGGGGCGUGGAGCCCGGACACAUGGAGCGCUGCUGCCGGCGCCGCAUGACCACCCGGGUGGAGGAGGUGGCCGAGCGGGAGCGCAAGGAGGAGGAGUGGAGGCAGCGGAGGAGCGUGCUGAAGAAGGCGCUACCCCUAGAGGCUGCGGGGGGCUACCAGAGAGCGAUAGGGGUGCUGCGGGAGGUCAUGGAGAACCCGCACUCGGGCCCCGCGGGCCAGGCGUUUGCGUGUUUCUCCGUCGUCAUGGUGGCCAUCACCGUGAUCAGUCUGUGCAUCAGCACCAUGCCUGAUCUCAGAGAGGAAGAAUCCAAGGGUGAAUGCUCCCAAAAGUGUCGGAACAUAUUUGUCGUCGAGUCCAUCUGCGUCGCCUGGUUCACCCUGGAGUUUGUGCUGCGGUUCUUCAACGCCCAGAGCAAGCUGGCCUUCCUGUGCAGCCCCCUCAACAUCAUCGACGCCAUCGCCAUCCUGCCAUACUACGUGAGCCUCGCCGUGGAGGUCCAGGAAGACACGCAUCUGGACGCCGGCAACGGUCGCGGUUACCUGGACAGACUGGGGCUGAUUCUGCGCCUGCUGCGGGCCCUGAGGAUCCUGUACGUCAUGCGGCUGGCCCGCCACUCCCUGGGCCUGCAGACUCUGGGCCUUACCAUGCAGCGCAGCAUGAGCGAGUUCGGCCUGCUCCUGCUGUUUGUCUGCGUGGCCGUGGCUCUCUUCUCCCCGCUGGUCCACCUUGCCGAGAGCGAGCUGGCCCCGCUUUCCGCCACCCCGCCCCACCAGAGCUUCAGCAGCAUCCCGGCGUCGUACUGGUGGGCCAUCAUCUCCAUGACGACAGUGGGCUACGGCGACAUGGUGCCGCACAGCAUCCCCGGACAGAUGGUGGCGCUAACUAGCAUCCUGAGCGGGAUCCUGAUCAUGGCGUUCCCGGCCACCUCCAUCUUUCACACCUUCUCCCGCUCCUACCAGGAGCUCAAGCAGGAGUACGAGCGCUUGUGGAAAGAGGAGAAGGGAGCGGAACUCAGUGCACAGACUGAAGACGAUUUGUCUAACAUUGAUUUUGGUCCUGGCCAUCUGAAGGCUCCGUCUGGAGAGGACGACAACAAGAUGAUGUCAGGAACAAUUCAGCAGGCAACUCUUCCAGCUACUGCAUUCUGA